AUGUCAAAGGACCAAGAAGACAAACAUCGAUGCCGACUGGUGACGGUAAAAGGGGUUCCCCUUGUGGAACCUGUCGCCGACAACUACGGCGCUGUCUCAUCCUUCAGUCCUGAUCCUUCUGACUUGCUUAUCGCCAGCUACCCCAAAGCAGGGACAACAUGGGUUCAGGAGAUCGUGGAUCUGCUUCUUCACAACGGAGAUAUUGAGACCUGCAAAAGAGCCAUCACUCCUUCUCGAAUGCCUUUCCUGGAGAAUUCAGCUCGACCAGGUCUUUCCUCAGGUAUUGAUCUCCUGAAGGCAAUGGACCCCCCAAGAGUUAUCAAAACACAUUUGGCAUUUCAGCUCAUUCCAAAGGGCUUUUGGGAAAACAAGUGCAAAGUGAUCUACGUGGCUCGUAAUGCUAAGGACAACCUGGUGAGCUACUUCCACUUCGAUCAAAUGUAUCUCAUCCACCCCGACCCUGGACCCUGGGAGGGCUACAUCCAAAAGUUCAUGCGUGGAGAGUUGCCAUGGGGCUCCUGGUAUGAUCAUGUCAAAACUUACUGGCAAGAACGAGAACAGAGGAACAUCCUUUACACCUUCUAUGAAGACAUGAAAGAGAAUCCUCGACGUGAAGUGGAGCGCAUUAUGAGGUACCUGGACCUGUCCCUCUCUGAUGAUGUCAUCAGCCGCAUUGUGGAGCUGACAUCUUUCGAGAAAAUGAAGGAGAACCCGAUGGCCAACUACAGCUCAGUUCCUGUUUUUGACCAGUCCAUGUCUACCUUCAUGAGAAAAGGACAAGUCGGUGAUUGGAAGAACCAUUUUACACCAGGGCAGUCAGCAGAGUUUGAUGAGGACUAUAAGAAGAAAAUGAAGCACGUCCACAUUCCAUUCAGAACACAGCUCUAAAUCGGCGAGCUGGGGUUUCUUCUCAAUAUUUACUACAACAUAA